GGAGUGACCACGUACUUAAGCCAUGCGAACUUAGUAUUGGCUCAACCCAUUUUGAGUCCAUCAACAAUGCUGCGUCUCGGCUCGCGUAUUCCGGUGCUCGGUUCGCGUCUAGCACCGGCGACAACGACCGUGUGUUCGCCGUAUCUGUCUUGCGUGCGUUUUAAGCGCUCGGCUGCAAAAUCUGGACGCGUGAGCGCUGCUAGUGGCUCCGGUACGGCGACUACGAGGCGAAUAUGUCAAUAGUAAUUAAUCAGAGUUGACGCUGCGCAGACCGCAGUGCGGCGUUGACAAUGGCCAUCCGCCAGAUCGAGAGCAGCUUCGGCAAGGGCGCUGUCAUGCAGCUGGGCUCAACGAAGACUGCGGAGCGCGUGGACGUCAUUUCGUCCGGCUCGUUGUCGCUCGACUUGGCUCUGGGCACCGGUGGCAUCCCCAGAGGACGUGUGGUGGAGAUCUACGGCCCUGAGAGCUCUGGCAAGACGACACUAGCGUUGAGCUGCAUCGCUGAGGCUCAGAAGACCGAGGGUGGAGUGUGUGCCUUUAUUGAUGCAGAGCACGCUAUCGACGCCCACUACGCCAAGGCUCUGGGAGUGGAUAUUGACGCCCUCUACGUCUCGCAGCCAGACUCUGGAGAAGAAGCUCUGGAGAUCGCAGACACGCUCAUCCGAUCGGGUGCUGUAGACCUUGUGGUGCUGGAUAGUGUGGCAGCUCUGGUGCCUCGUGCCGAGCUGGAGGGUGAAAUGGGAGACCAGCAGAUUGCUCUACAAGCGCGUCUUAUGAGCCAGGCACUGAGAAAGCUGACCGGGUCACUGUCCAAGUCCAAUUGCACCAUUAUCUUCCUCAACCAGAUCCGUCAGAAAGUAGGUAUCAUCUUUGGAUCCCCCGAGGUGACGUCAGGUGGUACGGCAUUGCGCUACUACGCGUCGGUGCGGCUGGAUAUCCGCCGUAAGACAGCCAUCAAGGAAGGCGACCAGGUUGUCGGCAACGAGACGGUGGUCAAGGUGGCCAAGAACAAGUUGGCUUCUCCCUUCAAGGUGGCGACUUUCGACAUGAUGUUCGGUCGGGGCAUUGAUCGACAGUCAGAGUUGCUUGAAUUGGGUGUGCAGCACGGUCUGUUGAAGCGCUCGGGCGCGUGGUACAGUCUGGCUGGAAGCGACGAACCUAUUGCGCAGGGCAAGGCGAAGGCGAAGGUUUUCUUACAGGAGAACCCUGGAAUCGCGAAGGACCUCGAAGCAAAACUGCGUCAAAUGCUCUUCGAACCGGCGGCUGAAGAGAAAGUCGAUGAAGCUAGUGUGGAAACGGAAACUGAAGUUGACCAUGAGGACGAUGCCACAUCAUCCGAAGCAGUUGAUGCAGUUGACAACAAAGUUAGUGAAGAAGACGAGAAAGUCACCGGAUGAACACCGAAAACACGCUACGUUGUGAACGUUGGUGAACAGGUUCCCACAAGAUUUUUCUUUUUUUUUUUCUGCAAUGUUGAAACUCGUGAAGUGCUCGCUUGUAUUCUGCCUUUGAUAAGUUGUAGUUUCCUCGUUGUCUGAAGGUUUGGACGAGCACGUAGUCGCUCCCUGGAUACUUAGUAUGCCAGCAGCGGAGGUAGUUCACUCACCUAGAGACCGAGCUCUAAAUAUGUAGCCCACAAAUACAGACUAGACCAACUAAAAUGCCAUACUGAACGACGUUGGCGGGAGUA